AUGGCAGCGCGAAAUACCAUCCGUCGCUCUCUUCUAUACGUGCCCGGUUCUUCACAACGAUUUCUCGACAAAUCUCGCUCGUUGGCGGCUGAUUGUCUCACGUAUGACUUGGAGGACAGCGUGACGCCGCACAAAAAAGCAGAAGCGCGAUCUCUCGUGCGGAGAGCGAUCGACCAGCCUGCGCCGGAGAGGAUCCGUGAGCGUGCUGUUCGCAUCAACUCGGUCGAUAGUGGGUUGGCUUUGGCGGACUUGACAGAAGUGCUCCAAUCACCCAAUUUGACCACACUUGUCAUUCCAAAGGUCAAUUCCGCCUCAGACUUGACAUUCGUGACCGAUGUCAUCAGUCACACUUUAUCCCAGCAGAGUUCUCCGAAAGCCAGACCUCCUAUCUCUCUUCUCGCGCUGGUGGAGUCGGCCAAGUCCCUGACUAACCUGUCUGAAAUCUGCAAUGCCUCGCCUCUGCUUCAGGGACUGAUUUUUGCUGCUGAAGACUUUGCACUCGAUCUGAGUAUCACGCGAACUCCGUCUCUGACCGAAUUCCUCUUUGCUCGAUCGGCCAUUGCGACCGCGGCUCGAGCAGCUAAUCUGCCGUCCACCAUCGACCUGGUGUGCACGGCGUACAAGUCCGACAAAACAGACGGAUCACCACCGGCGGCUCUCGAGGAAGAAUGCCGAGAUGGUCGCCGGCUUGGCUUUAAUGGAAAACAAUGUAUUCAUCCGUCGCAGGUGAAGACCGCCAAUGAGAUCUUUGGCCCGGAUCCCCAGGAGACUACUUGGGCCAUGCGGGUUGUCAUUGCAGACGACAAGGCUGCUGAAGCAGGGCGAGGUGCAUGGACGCUAGAUGGGAAAAUGAUUGACGUGCCCGUGGCACAGAAGGCUCGGGCGAUUGUGAAAAAGGCCGAGGCUUGUGGAUUCGAUGUGGAGGCGCUGCGAGAGAAGUGGCAGCAUCAGGAACCUGAAUAA